GCUGCUGCUCUUUAUGCUGCUGAAGGGCGCCACCGAGAUGCUCAGAUGAUCCAUUGGGUCAUCUUGAAACACAUCGUCCAUACAGCCCAAGACAGGGAAGACUAACUAGUGUGAGCGUGAGAGAGCCCUUGGAGGGUGCUGGGAGUACCCUGUGAGGCCCACCCGCCUGCCAAGCCUGGCAGAAAGCUUGGCUUGCCCCUCCACUCCUCCAGCCCCUGAGAUGCCCUCCCCUCCCAAUGAAGGAGAGGAUCAAGGAGCGUCCCCCAUGAACGGGCCAUCUGUGGGCUCCUACCACAGCAGUGGGAAGAGGAAGGUGCGGACCAAAAAGAAGAAAGGCACUAUCACCGCCAAUGUCGCCGGCACCAAAUAUGAGAUUGUUCGUAUAGUCAUCAACGAGAUGGACUUCAUCAAGACCCGGGAUGAUGACGAGACCGCCAACCUCAUCUGGAAUGACUCGGCCGUGCAGCAUGAGAAAAUUGCUGAGCUCAGGAAUUAUCAGAGAAUUAACCAUUUCCCUGGCAUGGGCGAAAUCUGCCGGAAAGACUACCUUGCAAGGAACAUGUCCAAAAUGAUCAAGUGCCAGCCUCAAGAGUACAGCUUCAUACCCAAAACCUGGAUCUUCCCCGCUGAGUACACUCAGUUCCAGAACUACGUCAAGGAGCUACGCAGGAAACGCAAGCAGAAGACCUUUAUUGUCAAACCCGCCAAUGGAGCCAUGGGUCAUGGGAUCUCGCUUAUCCGCAACUGUGAGAAGCUGCCAGCUCAGGAGCACUUUAUUGUUCAGGAGUACCUGGACAAGCCCUUCCUGAUGGAGGGCUACAAGUUUGACCUGCGCAUCUACAUCCUUGUUACUUCCUGCGACCCACUUCGCAUUUUUCUCUACAAGGACGGCCUGGUUCGCAUGGGCACAGAGAAAUACCAUGCACCCAGUGAAGCCAACCUGAGCCAGCUCUACAUGCAUCUGACCAACUACUCUGUCAACAAACACAAUGAGAACUUUGAGCGAGACGAGACAGUGGACAAAGGGAGCAAGAGGUCAAUCAGCUGGUUCACCGAGUUCCUCCGCACCAACGACUACGAUGUGGCCAAGUUCUGGGGAGACGUCUCUGAGCUGGUGGUAAAGACGUUAAUAGUGGCUGAGCCCCAUGUGCUGCACGCCUAUCGCAUGUGUCGCCCCGGCCAGCCACCAGGGAGCGACAGCGUCUGCUUUGAGGUCCUGGGCUUUGACAUCAUCCUGGACCGCAAACUUAAACCCUGGCUACUGGAGAUCAAUCGAGCUCCGAGCUUUGGGACCGAUCAGAAGAUUGAUUACGACGUGAAGAAAGGGGUUCUGCUCAAUGCUCUCAAACUCCUCAACAUUCGAGCCAGUGAUAAGAAACGCAACCUGGCCCAGCAAAAGGCAGAGGCUCAGAGACGGCUCUACGGACACGGCUCCAUGAAGAAACUCUCGGCUGCUUCCUCAGACUGGGAGAAACAACGUCACACACUGGAGAGAAGGAGAGAGGAGCUGAAAGAGCGACUGGCACAGGUCCGCAAGCAGAUCUCCAGGGAGGAGCAUGAAAAGCAACAUCUGGGGAACUACAGACGUAUUUACCCCCCAGACGACAAGCUGCUGCUGGAGAAGUAUGAAAGCCUGCUCUCUGCCGCCUUUCAGACCUUCCUUGCCGGGCGAGCUGCCUCACUUCAAAAGGAAAUGAAUAAUCCUCUGAAACGAAUGAAGGAGGAGGACAUCUUGGAUCUGCUAGAGCAAUGUGAACUGGACGACGAGAAGUUGAUGGGCAAGUCCUCCAGGCAACGAGGCCCAAAGCCUUUGACCGCCAUGCCAGAAUGCAGUCAGACACCAAGACGUCAACGACCAGACUACCUGGCUGACUUCACCAGCGGCAGCAGCGCUGACAACUCCUGCUCCUCCUCAGACGAAGAAGAGGAGGAGAGGAGGAAAGCAGGAGUAGGAAGAGGCAGAGAGAAGAGGGAGAAGAAAGUUUCCUAUGACCUUGGGGAUAGCAAGGAGAAGAACUUGGCUGAGCGCUCAGGACGCAUGCACUGGAAACCUCCAAUCAAGUCGCUCAAAAACAGCCCCGCCCCCUCUGCUUCCCCAACACUUUCUGGUCCAAUCAGGCGCUCCAUCUCCUGCCCUCGCUCAAUCGCCUCCCUCUCAUCGCCCAAUGAGGUGCGGUCGUUGUCCACCAGGCCUUCUCCCACACUUCCAAUGGCCACUCCCCUCAUCAGGCCAAGCUCUGCCACGCUGCGUUCUCACUCGCUGAGCCGUAGUGGCUCCGCCCACCGUGUGCCUCACAGCAACAGCCUGGGGACCAUCCACUCCAACAUAGGUGAUCCACUGAUAAACCUGAGGAGUAAAGAGCAGGAGGCCGAGCUGGUGUGUCAGACUCUGGCCGCGCUUACCGCCAUGAGGAUCAGGUUUCCAGGAAAAACAGAGGAAGAGGCUGAGGCCGUGCUGGACGAGAUCCUCGACAACUGGAAAUACCACAAAUCAAAGGUGGCUUCCUAUUGGCUAGUGAAGCUGGACUCUACCAAACAGCGGAAGGUGUUAGACAUUGUACGUACCAAUGUACGCUCAGCGCUGCAGCGGAUCUGGAGGGAGCCGGACGUGGAGAGUCUCCACCUCUACCGGCUCUUUAACCGCGUCUUCAACCGGCUGCUGUGGAGUCAUGGUCAGGGCCUGUGGAACUGCUUCUCUAACACUGGUUCAUCGUGGGAGGCCAUCUUCAGUAAGAGCAGCGAGGUGGUGUCGCCUCAGGAGCUGCAGUGCUGCCGCCGGCUGGUCCAGCUGUGCCGAGACUGCCUGUUGGUCGUCUACAAGUUUGUCUCAGAGUCCCGCGGCUCUUUGACCGGACUCAGCCCCGAAUGGGAUGACACCAGGUAUCUGUUGCCAGUGACCUCCCAGUUUAUCAUGAAGUGGCCUUCGUCCAGCUUUGGCCGCAUCUCCUCGGCCGUGCCACGCUCACGCAGCCUUUUCGCCGCCAGGAUGGGCCACUUCUGAGGUCACCGUGGCAACCCUGGCUUCUGACACCUCGCCUUUUGACCUCAACACCCCCCCUCCCCUGACUCUCACCCAGCCAAACUCCGAUCUCAGCAAGUCCGGUAUGGAUCUGAAUUUGGGGCAGCUCUGGACACGGGAUGGAGCCUAAACCUCAGCCAAAUCCCACUGUGGAAGACCAACAAAGAAAGGCCGGGUGAUAUGGGAUUACUUAAGGGCCUUGUUCAGUUUAGACCUGCCCAGACCAGCAGACCACCGGUAUCCUUGAUCCCUACCCUUAGCCCCAGUAACACCAGACAAUGGGUUUACCCCUCUUUUCUCAUUGUAAUUGCUGUAUUAUACCUACUCACUGUACAGUUACAAGUCAUGGUACUGUAAAAGGAAAGAAUAACAAAUACUAAACAAUGCAAGGAUGAUUUAUUUAUGUACUACUAUAAGUUAUUUUGUAAGGUAGUCAAUGAAUGCAGUGAAUGCUGAUGCAGAAUGCAGAUACGGAAUGAGCUCAGCAAAAAUAUCCCUUGUAUGAGAAAGUGGAUGUAAAAAAACAACAAAAAGCUUAUUUUUCCUGGCUGUAAUCAGUUAUUUUAUUCCUGAAUUCAAUUUAUUUCAUAACUUAUAUCAGAUGCUUUAUGUUUACAGAUGUUUUAACAGUCACUUUAUGUUGUAGUUUUACAGAAGAGAAGUGGUGCCCAGAGAACUCAAAAUAACAUCUGAAUGCUAAUGCUUCAUGUUUUACCUGUGUGAUAUUAAGUGCAGACCUAUUAAGCAACACAGUGUUUAGAAUGUCAGUGUAGUAAAGCCAAGCUUCUUUGCCUCUUAGAGAACGAGCUGACUUUGACACCACAGCGUAAAGAGCCAAACUUAAGUCUCAGAGAGCACCCAGUUCCUAAUAUGCACUUUGUCACAGAAAGAGAAAGUGGGUGCACAUUACAGUAGUGUUUGCAUGCUUAGACUUUAGUCCCCCACCCAGAUUUUAGUGGUUAGACUGAGGAGCUGCGUUUGGAAUAUACUUGAAGUUUUGUGUUGUCAUUAAUCAUUGUGUCUUUGUAUCGGCUGCACUGAGAAGACGACACUUCGUUCGUAGAUUUGUCACCUCGAUUACGGGUGUGUUCAGGAUAAUGAGGAUGUGUUGAAUCGCUUAGAGAUUGUGCAACAUGUUGAAUGACUCGACUCAUCAGCUUAAAUGUACUGCAACGGUGGUGGCUUGCCGAGGACAAGCAGCUGCAGCCUUUUUUCCCCUGCCCUCCGCACUGAAGGUACCAGUGCCAGGGAUAUCACGGAUGUGCCAAUAAUAAGCGCAUCUACUUCAUGUGUUGGGUUUUAUUUAAGGUUAAUAUGUCAUAAAACUACUGUUAGUUACAGUAUUAAAUGUUGAUAGGGAGAAAGGCAGUGUUAUAUGUUUAGUAGUUUACUUGGCUCUGUGUAUUACCCCAUGAGAUGAUACAUUGACGUUUAUAAGAUGGUAGUCUGUCAGCAGACUGUACCAGUAGUGCAUUUUAUAACAUUAAGUCUGACUGUGCUAAAUCUGCUCAAACUGAAUUCUCCCCAUACACUCAAUUCACAAUGCCAAAUAUUUUUAUUUUGCCUGAUUUUAUUUAUUUAAGAGUAGGACUUUUUCAUUGGAGGUAUGAGAUUUUUAAUUUUACAUAGCAAUAAAAUGUUUAAACAAA